AAUUAUAAGCUGGUGGUUCUUUGCAGUUCAAGCGGGUUGCCGUUCAUGCACCGUACAAGGAAACGAGGUGCAGCGGUUCCUCCCCGGCGGCUGUAGCGUGGCAAAUCGAGAGGAGCUCGGGUGUCGGGGUCUGUGCACUUGGUGCAAACGGGCGGACAAAACCCGCAAGGCUUCCGCGGUCACAGUCAUGUCCUCCCCCAGGUACAUUCGGCACCACGACCUCCUCCUGCCGUCCGAGGCGCACGACGCGCAGAGUCUGGAGUACGCGCAAAACUUCUCCGUGGAGGACACUGACGUGUUCGCCGUGACUUACCCCAAAUCAGGCACAAUCUGGAUGCAGGAGAUCCUACCUCUUGUGCUUAACGAUGGGGACCUGACCCCAAUCCAUACCAUUCCCAACUGGGACAGGGUGCCCUGGCUGGAGGAGAAACGAUUGGCAUUUGUCGUGGAUCAGUUGAAAUCUCCACGGGCGCUGGUCACACAUUUCCCCUACCACAUUAUGCCCCCGUCCUUCCACACCUCCAAAGCCAAGGUGAUCUAUGUCAUUAGGAACCCAAAGGAUGUCAUGGUGUCCUCGUACCACUUCCACCAGAUGGCCGGGUUCCUCGAGGAUCCAGGAACUUUUGAUGAGUUCAUGGAGAAAUUCCUGGAGGGCAGAGUGAUGUUUGGAAAAUGGACAGACCAUGUGAAGAGCUGGAGACACACAGCGCUCCAGGACAGAAUAAUGUUCAUCGCCUAUGAAGAAAUGGUUGAGGAUCUGCCUGCGGCCCUCAGGCGUAUUUCAGAGUUCCUGGGCACCAAACUGAGUGAGAAAACUAUUCAGAAGAUUGCAGAGCAUUGCUCCUUCAAGAGCAUGAAGGCCAACAAAAUGUCCAACUUCAGCCUGAUCCCAAAGCAAUACAUGGACCACGACAAAUCUCCAUUCUUGAGGAAAGGUAUUGCUGAAGACUGGAAAAACUGUUUCAGCUCAGAGCAGCUGGCCCGGUUCACAUCUGUCAUCUGCAAAGAGAUGGAGGGCGAGAGCCUCUCUCUGCCGUGGAGUCUGGCCUGACCAACAGCCAGAGAGAGGACGGAGAGGCUGAAAGAGGCGCGUUGAUGCCUCUCCGAGUAGGAAGUAGGGGCUAACUAAGCGAAAACUCUUCAAAUCUAGUAGUCAUCCACCAUCUCGGUCAGGGUUUAGGAGAAGCUUCAGAGCCUGUUGGCAGUUCUCAGAAUGAAUGUGCAUAAAAUACCUUUGGCGUUGAAAUACAAAAAUUCUAAAUAUUACAUUUAAUAUAAGAGAGAACUUUUUUCAGGAUUUAAUAGAAUAUUUUAUCUGCCCACGAUAUUAAUAGUGCUUAAACAGAAAGCCAGCCUGUAUAAGACAUAUAUUCAUGCAAAGAAAUUCAGCCUCAACUAAGACAAUUUCAUAUCCCUCUUAUGCUAUCAUGAUGCUAAUGUCACUCUUCACCAGGAAGAAUUUGUACCACUAAAAUGACUCCGUCGUUAUCACAGCAGCCUGUGUUCGUAAAGUAACUUUUUGUAAAUCUAAUGAUGAUUUAGUUUCACUUGAAUUAUGACUGCAUUUAUGUACACUUCUUCAUUGGCCUUAAUAAACUGAACUUACGUUA